GUUUUAAAGAUUAUGGAAAUUUUAUAAAUGUAAAAUAGUAGUGAAUAGGAUCUAGCUGAGCAAAGCAAUUUUAAAUUUUCAUGGAAAGAUUUAUUUUAGUAUUUUGGACCAGGGUUACUGAUUUCGAUAGCAUAUUUAGAUCCUGGCAAUUUGGCAGGAGAUAUGGAAGCAGGAUUAGUUGGUAAAUAUAGUCUCCUUUGGGUCCUAUUUUUAUCAACAGCACUAGGAUAUUUAUUUUAAGUCAAAUCAAUGAAAUUAGGAUUGGUAACAGGAAAAGAUUUAGCUAAAUUAUGUAGAAUCCAUUUAAAUAGCAAAGAAAGAACUCUCUUGUGGAUUAUGGCAGAGAUAGCUAUCAUGGGAAGUGAUAUAUAAGAAGUUUUAGGUACAGCAAUUGGAUUAAAAAUCUUAUUUGGUUUAGAACUCUGGAUUGGUGUCUUGUUGACUAUUUUUACAACUUUCCUUAUACUUUUAGUUAAAAUUUGUGGAAUGAGAAGCUUAGAGGCUGUGUUUGCUUUGCUUAUAGGUACGAUGGCAAUUUGUUUUUUUAUUAAUCUUGGAUAUAUCUAACCUAAUCCAUUAGAUAUACUCAAGGGUAUGGUUGUUCCUACUAUACCCUCUGGAGCUUACCUAGCAAGCAUUGGUCUUCUUGGAGCAGUAAUCAUGCCUCACAAUAUUUACUUGCAUUCUGCUCUAAUGAAUGAAAAAAAUAUAGAUAAAAACGAUAAAAAACUUGUCUCCAAAUCGAUAUUUUAUUUCAAGAUUGAAACAGCAUUGAGCUUACUGCUUUCCUUCUUAAUAAGUGGUUCAGUUAUUUGCACCUUUGCAUAUUACAGCAAUCAAAAUUAAGUUGAAUCUGGAGAUAUAAAACUCAGCAAUGCAGGAGAUGUUUUAGCUGGAUCUUUUGGUUAAUUUGCUAAAUAUAUAUGGGGUAUCGGCUUACUAGCUUCAGGUUAAUCUUCAACUCUUACAGGAACUUUAGCAGGAUAGUACGUUAUGAGUGGCUUUAUUAAAAUGAAAAUGGGUGAUUUUAGUAGAGCUUUACUUACAAGAUCUAUAGCUAUAAUUCCUUCAGUAGUAAUAGCCUUUGUAAAUGAGAACGAAGAUUUCAAUAUUUAUUUAAAUUUACUGUAAGCUAUCUAACUUCCUUUUGCAAUUAUUCCUUUAUUGAAAUUCUCUAGUAAUCAAUAUAUUAUGGGAUAAGAUGCAAUUUAAUAAAAUGAAUUAAUAUUUUUAUCAGUUGCUUCAAGUUUAAUAGUUAUCUCAAAUUACUACUGCUUAAUGCCAUAAAAAAUAGAUUUUUCUAGUAAGCUCACUUAUUUUAUGAUAUUUAUAUGCUUAUUAUACUUUGUAUUUUUAAUAUACGUUCUAGUUUCUAAAAUAGCAGUAAAACCUAAAAAAUACUCAGAUGAAAUUAGUAUAAAUAGAAAAAGCCCUUAAAACAUAGAUAUUGAAGACAUAGAAAAUAACCAUAUCAACUCAUAGGAUUAAAACUCUGAAAUAAGCUAAAGAAAUCAAGUUUUAGGAGAUAAAGAAUAAAAAUGAAGUAUUUGAUAUUUUAAAAAAGAAAAACAAUUUUAUCUAAUUAAAAAAAUAUUUAGUAAAAUCAAUUAAAUAAGCAAUUAUAAAAUUAAUCAAUCUAUUAUAAAAAUAACUAAGUAAGCAAGUAUUUAAGUUAGUUAAUAAGUAAAU